AUGCACGAUUUGCAAUAAGGUGAUUUGAUAGGAGAUAUAUACAAAGUUAAGAAGCUUCUUUCUUAGGGUUCCUUUGGGAAAGUUUAUAUAGGGAGAAAUAUUGAGAGCGGAAUGAAAGUGGCAAUAAAAGUAGAAAAAUAGGAAAUGUCAAAUUGCUUAAGCUUAGAAAGAGAGGUUAAUUGAAUGAUAAUGAUUAGAUAGAAAUUUUGAAGAAAUUAAGGGGAAUACCAUAAGUGCCAUAAUUACUUUGGCAUGGAAGACAUAAUGAACUUUAAGUAAUGAUAACGAAAAUGCUUGGAUUUGAUUUAAUUUAUUUUUUGAAAAAACAUAAGAAAUUCUCACUAGAAUGUAUUUUCAAUAUAGCUUAAUAAAUGAUAGAAAUAUUAGAAAAUAUUCAUAAAAAGUAUUCACUGAUAUUAUAUAUAUAAUAGGAAUAUAAUUCAUAGAGAUUUAAAACCAGAAAACAUUUUGGGUAAAAGACAUUCUGAUUAGAUAAUUUUAAUUGAUUUUGGAAUUUCAAAAGAUUCUUUAAAAAGUAAGAAAUCGACUAAAGGCAAAAUUCCAUUUAUAGGAACAAGUCGAUAUGCUAGUUUGACUGCUCAUAGAGGUUUAGAUUAAUCAAGAAAAGAUGAUUUAGAAUCUCUAGGAUAUGUUUUAAUAUACCUAUUCAAACAGAAGUUACCAUGGUCUAAUUAUGAAAAAUUUGAGAAUGAUCGUUUAGAGAGGAUUGGAUAAUUAAAAUGUGAAUCAACACUUUAAUAAAUUUGUGAUGGCUGUCCAUAAUAAUUGUUAAUGUAAUUGACAAAACAAAAAAUAUAGUUAUAUGACUUAAGUGGCAGAAUUGAAUCAUCAAUAAAUUCCAAAUUAUUAGAAGCUCAAGUCCAUUUUUUAAUUGAAAAUUCAUCAUAAAUAGUAUGUGAUUUUUGAUUGGUCAAACCCUUAAUUUGUAAAUUCAAAAACUAGUCAAAAUACUAAAAAUAAUAAUUAGAAAUAAAAUAAAUAUGAUAGUGUUUAACAUAUAAAGCUGUAAUUUAUAUAAAUUAUGUUUAGAUCUUUGGAUAAAGUAAGUUCAAGACAUCUUCAUACAAUCACUUUUUAAGCUGAUUCAAAUGUAUCUUCUUUUAAUAGUUAACAAUCUAGUAGUAUGCAACACUCUUUUGGAACUCAUUAAAGUGUAUAAGUUGAUUUUUUUAAUUCUGAUUCAAGUAGUAUUCAAUCAUAAAAAAAAUAAAAUAAAAUAUCAACUGUUGAUGUGAUCAUAUUGAAUGAUGAUAUAAUGCCAGUUAAAGACUAACUUUAAUUAAUGGAAUUAGAAAAUUAAGAUUUAGAAAUUAAACAUAAUUUAUUGCAUUAUCAUUCCGUUUAUUAUAAUUUCAAGAAUCCAUUUUAAGGUUUGUUACAACUUAAAAUCAAUUGA